UUCACUCUCUCUCUCUCUCCUUUUUGGUUAUUGGGUUAGUUUCGUCUCUCUUACCUCACUGAUCACAUUUUUUUCUUCUUUCUCCCUCCCCAUCUCUCUCACUCUCACCUUCCGAAUUCCCCUCUUUCUCUCUUCCAUCGUCACAACUCUAACUCUCUGAUUCUCUAUCCUUCACCACACCAUAACAAUGGUGGAUCAUCAGACCGUUUGCUGCAUGUGCGGUGACGUUGGUUUCCCUGACAAGCUUUUCCGUUGCAACAAAUGCCGCAACCGCUUCCAACACUCGUAUUGUAGCAACUACUAUGGAGAACAAGCGGAGAUAGAACAGUGCGAUUGGUGCCGAAGCGAAGAGAAGAAUCCAAGACAUACAAGUUCAAAUUCAAAGAAACCGGUAACGGAGAUCGGUACAACAACUAACCGUUCUGAAUAUUCCGCCGAGAAAAUGAUGAAACAGCAUGACCGCGAAGAGAGUGGCUCAGAAAAAGGAAAGAGUCCUUCUCCGUCGCCACGAACCGCCACACGUAGGUACAAGCUUCUCAAGGAUGUAAUGUGUUAGAUAAUUGCUUAUUCGUAAUCGAGAAAUCGAGUAACUGAGAACGUGCAGAAGAAGAAGAUGAAUAUGAUUAUGAAGGUGAAAAAUAGAUGACUUUUGUGUUAAGAAGAUGUGUGUGUUUUGUUUAUGUCUAUAUAGCGUGCAGUGUGUUUGCAACAAAUUAAAGAGUGUGUUAUCUUUGAGUGUUUUUCUCAACUUCUUCUCUUGUUAUGAGUGGCUUUUCAGCAAGUUGUGAAUAAUAAAAGAAAACUAUGUAGUAACUUUCAAUCUAUGUCAUAAGUUUCAUGUUCUUAUCUCCA